AUGAAGGUUACUGGAAUAGGAAUGACAGUCCAAUGCAAAAAUUAUCUUCAAAGGGGUCAUAACAAGGCAUCCUGUAAGAAUCCCAUGGUCACACCUAAACCCCAACCCAAGAAAAAAAUGGGUAGACCAAGAUUGGAUCCUAAUAUCAGUCAUUAUACUAGAGGUGGUGUUAGAGGUAGUAGAGGUGGUGCAAGGGGUAGUAGAGGUGGUAGAGGGGGUAACAGAGAUGGUGCAGUGUGUAACACAGGUGGUGUAGUGGCUAACAGAGGUGGUACGGGUAGUAAGAGAGGUGGUAGGGGUAGUAAAAGAGGUGGUAGGGGCAGUAAGACAUCUAUUGGAAUUGAAGGUGGUGGAGUGGCUGAAGUUGAAGGUGGAGGAGUUGAAAAUGAAGAUGACACUAUUCUUGAAAAAUAUAUAGUCCAUUUAUGGAAGGCAAUGCAAGAUUUGAAACUAUCAGGGUGUUCAAUAGAAGAAAUUAAAAAUUCACUUAGUCUAACAGAUUCACAUAUGAAAUAA